AAUAUUGAAAAUUAAUCGAAGGAAAUAAGAAGAAAUUAAAAUCAUGCUUCGUUCUACUCUUCACCAUGUUGGUGAUCAAAUUUAUGAUAAAUACUGGGAUAGUACUCUUAUCAACAUAAUUUUUUACGUCGCUCUAGUCCUUAAUUGUUACUUCUUGUUCAUCUGCUGCUAUCGCCUCUGGUCUUUCCGGUGCAUCAGAAACAAAGUAGACCCCGAUCUUGAACUCGGCGUGGUCGCUGUGAAAGAAACUUGGAGCCCUGUUGGUACCGGUGAUCAGCCAGUGAUGUCGAGUUAUACUGCCGGUAAGUGUGCCAUAUGCUUGGAGAAUUACAGAAAGGGAGAGGUGCUCUGGGUUCUGUCGAGGUGCAAACACGAUUUUCAUACUCUAUGUAUUAAGGAAUGGUUGCGCCAAAAUAAUAAGUGCCCCAUUUGUCGUGCCAAUGCUUUUCGGAAUAUCUGCAGUGUUUUCUGUUGAUCCUGAAGUAGAACGCAACCCCUAGUUUCUAUAUGGAACUAUCUCUUGAUAAAUUUACCAAACAAUCAGAAAGCCGUAUGUGCUACAAACUCUGGUGAAUUUAAGUAAAAGUGCUUCCUUUUAACUCCUCUAGAAUUCCUUUUUUUUUUUUUUUUUUUUAUUUGUGUACAAUAAGCAUCAUAUUAUGUU